GGCCCAAGUGAAAAAAAAUUGUCCGUGUGGUGGCAACGACAAGUAGGUGCCACCGGUGGUGGUGGUUGCUACAACGAUAUUUACGAGGGAUGAUGCCUCGUCUGACGUAAAUCAAAACUUUAAAGUUUAAACUGAACAAGGUUUUGGUUACAUGAUGUUAGGUUUUUAUUCAAUCUGAACCGGUUAUACCCAAACCCGGUUUUUGACCUCUUUCAGACUUUCACCGUACCUGUAACCGGUUCCAACCCGAACCGGGCAUAGUAACAAAAGUAACAAAAGAUUAUAGUACAAUAACCUAUCUCCACCAGUGAUCGCGCCAGUGUCUUCUCCACCGAACCAUUUCCAUGGAGCUCAAUGGCUACUAAACUCACAACCCAGUUCACCCUCAACAAUGGCGGAACCCUCCACCGGACCACCACCAACAUACGCUCUAUCAUAUACCGACAACAAACAACCACACCGUCUCCACGACGACGAGAAUCCCUUCGACGGCAAAUGCUCCGCCUUAACGGUAGCCCUAUGCCCCUGUCUCGUCUGUUUUAUCCUCGUAAUUAUUAUAGUCUCCAUCGUACUUACAGUCAAGUUCCAUUUACUUUGUCAUACUCCCAUUGGAUCUGUUCUGUACAAGAACAAAUGGUAGUAGGUUCAACUUCAAACCCUAGGGGUAAUAGUGUAAUUUCACAUCUAAGGUUGAUAGUGUUUGCUAACCCUAGGGCUUGUUAUUUAAAUUUGAAAUUGAAAUAUGUUGAUGUUUUGAGGAAACUGAGUCAACAGAUUAGGGGUGUUUGUGGCGUUGUCGGUUCGGAUGUCGAAUCAAAAGGAGAAGAUGUGUUAAGUUCGAGCUCGAUGAUGUUUAUGAACCCUAGGGCUAAUCGUGUGGAUACGGUUUCAUUACUUGCUUUGAAUUCGAAACUGAAAAGUGUUGGUGUUUUGAAAAAAAUGAAUCGGCAAAUUAGGGGUUUUUGCGGUGUGGCGAAUUCAGAUGGAGAUGAUGAGUUUGUAGGUGUGAAGUGUUCGGCGGAUGAAAAGGAGUUGGAUCGAGAUAUUCGUGUAAAUUCACAUGCAAGCUCGAUAAUGCUUGCUAACCCUAGGGCUAAUCAUGUGCAUAGUGUUUUGUUACUUGCUUCGAAUCCGAAAUUGAAAACAGUUGGUGUUUUGAAACAAGUGAAUUCACAAAUUAGGGGUUUUUGCGGUGUUGCAAAUUCGGAUGAAGAUGAUGAAGGUGAUGAUGAGUUUGUGGGUGUGAAGUCUUCGGCAGAUGCGAAGGAAGUUGAACGUGUUUGUAAUGUGAUUGAGGAGUUGUUUGCGUUGGAUCGAAAUAUGGAAGCUGUGUUAGAUGACUGUGGGGUUAGUUUGACUCAUGAUCUGGUUGUUGAUGUGUUGGAGAGGUUUAAACAUGCGAGACGACCGGCUUUUCGCUUUUUUUCUUGGGCUGGGCAACAAUCGGGGUUUACUCAUGACUCGAGUACAUAUAAUAUGAUGAUGAGUAUACUUGGAAAGACGAAGCAAUUCGAGACUAUGAUAUCUUUGCUUGAUGAAAUGGGUGAAAAGCGGUUGCUUACACUCGAGACGUUUCAGAUUUGUAUCAAAGCAUUUGCAGCUGCUCAACAAAGGCGGAAAGCGGUCGGAAUCUUUGAAUUGAUGAAGAAACACAAUUUCAAAGUCGGGGUUGAUAGCAUUAAUUGCUUGCUCGAUAAUCUCGGUAGGGCAAAGCUCGGGAAAGAAGCUCAAAUUCUGUUUGAGAAGUUGAAAGGUCGGUUUACGCCUAAUAUACAAACGUACACGGUUUUGCUAAACGGUUGGUGUAAAGUCGGGAACUUGUUAGAAGCAGGGAAGGUGUGGAAUGAGAUGAUAGACAAGGGUUUGAGCCCGGACAUUGUGGCGUUUAACACAAUGCUUGAAGGGUUGUUAAAGGUUCACAAGCGGUCCGAUGCGGUUAAGUUGUUUGAACUCAUGAAGGCGAAGGGUCCGUCCCCGAACGAACGAAGCUACACGAUCAUGAUCAGGGAUCUAUGCAAGCAAAAACGGAUGAAAGAUGCUGUCGAGUAUUAUGAAAACAUGCUUAGUUUUGGCUGCAAGCCGGACGCUGCGGUGUACACAUGUUUGAUCACCGGGUUCGGAAACCAAAAGCAGAUGGAUAAAGUGUACGGGUUGUUGAAGGAGAUGAAGGAAAACGGGUGCCCGCCUGACGGGAGGAUGUAUAACGCGCUGAUUAAACUAAUGACCAACCGCCAAAUGCCGGACGAUGCGGUUAGGAUAUACAAGAAGAUGAUUCAGAACGGCAUUGAGCCAACUAUUCACACUUAUAAUAUGAUGUUGAAAUCUUUUUUCCGGAGUGAAAAUUAUGACAUGGGUCUUGCGGUUUGGGAAGAGAUGAGUCAAAAAGGGGUUUGUCCCGAUGAUAAUUCGUAUACGGUGUUCAUCGGCGGGCUUGUUCGACAGGGAAGAUCAAUGGAGGCGUGUAAGUAUCUUGAAGAAAUGAUAGAGAAAGGCAUGAAGCCGCCUCAACUUGAUUAUAAUAAGUUUGCUGCGGAUUUUACUAGGGCUGGUAAACCGAACAUUCUUGAGGAAUUGGCUCGAAAAAUGAGUUUGGAAGGUAAGUUAGAGGUUUCGGAUAUAUUUGCGGGGUAUGCUGAGAGUUUGAAGAAAACAGGUAAACACUUUACUUUUGUUAGGAACAGAGUUGUUUGAGUGUUUAAAUUAUAUGUUUCUCGUAGUAUGUUGUUUAGCUGAUAGUGUGCUUGAGUUGAUUUUUGUACAUGGAAUUCUUGAGGUGUUUGGUUUAUUGGAAUUCGAAUACGAAUUUUUCCAACACCUUUGAUGAUAAUGUUUUGUACGGUUACUGCCAUACACACACGUUAUUUACUUCGUAUAUAAUUAUGUGACUGGCGUUAACUUGAUGGUGAA